AUGGCCGAAUAUAAUCAAGAAGCUCAUGUCUAUGAAAACACAGCACCGUCGUCUGUUUCCGAAAUUUUUUCGAACGUUUACGGAAGUAAGCCUGAGCAAUUCUUAGAAAUCCCCAAUUUAUAUAAACUUGCUGAAUUGUAUAUGGAUGAAGACUCAGCACAAAACAUCGUUAUACAACCAUCCGAUUUGAAAAAAAUUUGUAAUUUAUUGGCUCCUGGAAGCUACCAUUCUGUCUCCGAUAUCGGUUUUGAGCAAUUAGCAAGAGUCCCCAUUCGUCUUAUUGGCUGUUAUGGUAACCGUGAGGUUAUCUUCAAAUGGUUGUUACAAAACAAUGUUAUGGGAGAGUAUAGGUGCAAAGAAUCUGUAAAAACCGAACGGGAGCAUGAGACAGUUUACAAUGAAAGUCCAACGCCGGGUAAUGGAUUUUAUUUACUCAUGCUUAAGCCAGACUUGGGCCUCGUGAUUCUUUGGUCAGAAGAGCGAUUCUAUCGUGAAAAUAAUGCUACAGAACUUUAUCAGUUUCUCGCACGUUUGACGGAACAUCAAUUUUGUUUAAUGAGCGAAAGUGAUUUAAAAAACUUUAACUGGAAUUUAAUUUCUGAUUCAGGCAAGCAAACAUUAGAUGAGAGUGUUAAUCAUAAGAUUGAAGAAGAACAGAAAAAAGACAUAGUCAUGAUUGAAAAUGGAUUCGAGAUCCGGAUACCAGCAUUGUUUCUGUAUACUCAAGAUCCAUCAAAGGCUUAUAUCAUAGAAUCAACUACUCUACAAUCUAUUGCCAUUGUGCAAUACUUUGAUCAGUCCACAAUAUUUUCACAAAAGAUUGAUACAUUUGAUUCUCUCUAUGCAUUUCAACAAUUCUGGAGACCACUAGUGAAUGAAAACUGCUAUGCUUUGAGUGCACCUAACUUAAGCAUUGAUGGUUUAACAAUUUUGAUCAAAGAUGGUUUAAAUCAGCCUGAUCUAUUAGAAGAUUAUGAAAAUCAGUUGAAAGACUUACAUAACAAGACAGAGAAGAACAUUGAUGAAUACAAAAAAAAAGUAACUGAGUGGGCUCUUUCAAUUUUGCAAGACAAUUACAGGAUUUCUGAAAAGAAAACUGAAGAAACUUCUAUAAACUCACUGGAAGACAGUCCUGAGCUAAAUAAGUUCUAUACACACCAUAAAGAACUUUGUAAGCAAAUAAAGAACAUGGCAUUAAGAAUUGAUAGCAAGGACUGGAAAUCGUUAAAAGAAAGGUUCUUUUAUUUGAGUGGACUAGCACAAGGCACAUGUGAUAUGUUUUUAGAUAUUAUAAUUACUGAUGCACAAGAAAACAGUUUGCCAAGUAAAAAAAUUGAAGAGAUUAACAGUGCAAUGCAAAAAGUAGCAACUUGUUUUAUGAACCAAGCAAAUCCAGAAGAAGAAUGUGAUCAAAAGUCCAAGGAAAUUUUUGAGGAAGCUAAGAAGAUGGCAGAUAAGAUAUCAGACCCCAGUUUUAUUACCUAUCUACACAAUUUGCAAAAGCUGACAAGUCCUGAUACAGUGAUGGAAGGUAUUAUUGCAGAGUUUGUCAAAGAAAUUCACAAUUGCAAACCUAAAUUUGAGGAAAAACUAAGCAAGUAUUUGGAGGAAAAUACAAACCUAAAAGAUAAUUACAAGUACUUCAAAAAGUACACAAGAGAAAAAGGAUUUAUCAUUGAAGAUGAGUCAGCUGCAUUAAGAACUAAACUUGAAUCACUGUACUUUACUGGGUCGAAACUUGUUGUCACAAACUUGCGUAAAUUACCAUCUGAUCAAUAUGAGUUGCAUUAUACUAUUGAAAUAGAUGAACCUUCUUUGUAUGAGCUCAAAAUAUGGGAUUUAAAUCUUGAGAAGUAUAAGUAUAGCAGUAAUAAUGCAAUGAGUUCAUGUCUAAAGGUUCUGUAUAUUGACAAAGAGAUGUUUGAAAUCAGGCAAGUCAUCAGGAAAAUUUAUCAGUUUACCAAUGGAAAAUUGGUCCUCAUUUUAUGGGAUAAAAGAUACUGUGCUUAUGCUAUGUUUUAUGAAUCACUUGCUUCCUUGGUGAUGAUAUUCAAGAAAAAAAGCUUUCCAUGUCCAACAGAAUUAUUAGAGGUGUCAGAAGAUUCACUGUUUGCUGUAAAUGAUUCAAAGGGUCUGAUGGCAAUCUAUGAAAAUAAGAAAUGCAUGUUUUACAUAUAUGAUUUUGACAAAGACAAAGCAAUAAUAUAUAUUGAACAUCUUGGGUCACUACCAACAAUCAAGUACUUUUUCUGGAUCAACAAUACAAGACUUUGUUUAGUUGAUGAUAAUGGACAAUCAUAUUACCUUAAUCUGAAUAGUAAUUCAUUGCAAGUCUCUACAAAAUUUCCUACAAAUGCAACAUCUGUUCUCAGCUCACCUGAUGGAUCUUGUAUAUUUGUACUCAGGGAAUCAAAAACACAACAUAAACAGGCAGAUGAUCCGAAUACACAUUGUGUUGACAAUGAGACAAACCUAUCUACAAAGUUAAAGGGCAAGCAGUCAUUACAUUCUCAAAACCUCAAUGAUUCAAUGCCACAAGAGAACACAGUACAAGCACUUGUAUAUUUUGUAAAUCAAUCUGAUACUAAGCCACUUAUAGUUGAUAUCCCUUUACCUUCACGAUGGUUAUCACAUUGUAAAUUCGUCAUCUUUGAACAAACUCAACAGCAUUUGGUCAUGUUCAAUCUGGCACUCGGGAAAUUAGUUUCGGUAAAUGUCAGAAUCAAUAGUAACCAUAAUAUGGGCAAAGUCAGAAUUGAUUCAAUUGUUUCGUCAUUAGUCUAUGGUACAAAUACUCGUUUCAUUCGAGACGUAGAAGUAGGUCAAUACAUUGUUUUUAAUCGUGAAAAAAGGCCUGUCACUCAUAUCUUUAGCAAUGAGAGUUUACAAGUCGGUGAUGGCGGCUUCUCAUUGCCAUUAAUCCCUAAUUUAUGGGAUGGAUAUAAAAUAGAAGAAAAAACGACAUCAGCCAGGUCUGGCGGUUCUACAAAGUCAUGCACAGAUAAGGAUAUAGACCCGAUGGAACUUACCGAAUCGAGCGGUUACCUUGGCGCGCAUUCAAAGUUUUUUGCGAAAUAUCCCAUACAGCCAUCUACAAACGAUAACACGACUCCGAUUGAACUUACUGUAAUUUUGGACCUGCCACAAGAUUCAACAGUCGAUUUAGUCAAAGUUCAAGAACGUUACACUGAAUACAUGCAAAAUAGACUCGGUGACACGACAGAACAGGACACGUCAUUGUUAAGGACGCAGGUCAAAAGACUUGACGAUAAAUCAUUGUAUACUGAUUUAGAAACGUUUGCUUCAAGCUACAAAGCUGAUCAUUGGAUUAUUCGAUUAUGCACACUCAUGCCGAUUCAAAUUGCCGUGGCAAGAGAUAAUCGGUUCAUAAUCCUACGUGAUGGCUCACAACUUCAAGAUGGAGGAAACGUCGAAGAAAUUUGCCAAUCAAUCUCGCUUGGCUGCUAUGAAGCUAUCCUCAAAUAUCUUGGUAAUAAAGCCGUGGACGUUAUUUCUACUAUGGGUGAACAAUCACGUGAGAAAUCGUAUUUGCUUAACCAGUUUAUCGGCACGAACUUUGAUGACUUUGAGACGCAUAGUAAUAAAGGCGUCUGGCUGUCUUUAGCAUAUGAAGGGGAUAAAGUAUAUGUUGGAAUGGAUUUUGAGGGGCUCAGCCCUCUUGACAAAACUCCACAAGAAAAUCUCCUCUUAACUCUCUUUAACAUAAGUGUAUCGACAAUGAUACUGUUCACGAGUUCCUUUCAUAUAAAUAAAGACAUCUCAGAUAAAUUCGACAAUUUUGGACUCGAAAGCACCUGCUUUGGUGAUAUUAAAAAAGUGGAAAAUAUUUUCCAAGCACUAUUUUAUACAAUCGUGAAAGAUGUACCAGACGUUGACAUUGAAACAACUUAUCGAGAAUUGUUUGAAAAGUUUACCCAACUCGUCCAGGCUGAAGGAGAGAAUAACCUUAUUUCAAAAGUGUAUGGUGUUGAAACUUGGCCGAUCCCUAACAAAUCAGAAUUCUAUACAGCUUUUGAUGCACUCAAGAUUAAAUUAAAGACCGAGGCACCUAAAAAAUACAACAAUGCUUUGCAUUUUCUGACAACGCUUAAGCUUAUAAUGGCAAAACUAACGGGAUGCGAUUGGGCAUCGUUGAGUGAACAUAGAUUUACUAUCGCAAGAUUAAAGGCUGCCUUGCCGAACUUUGUAGCUCACGGUCACGAGUCUAUUCUUCCAAAUGAUCACGAUAUCAAUGAGGAAGAGUUUAUGGUUCACACUGGCAAAAAUUGCGUUGACGAUAAAGACAUACCGAUGUUUGACCUGUUCAGACGUUUAAAAGAUUCGUUUAUACCAUUAUCAGAUGUUGGACUUGUUUUAAUUGGAAACGAUCUUACUGGAACGUCCAAGAUCCUGAAUGAAUAUUUCGAAAAAAAUUAUGGAAAAAGACUUGGGUCAAACGAUGCUAAAUGGAUUGAACUGUAUAACAAAUUUGUUGAUCAAAUCAUAAACCGGCGUAGGGAACGUGCUGAAACUUGGCUCGAGACCAAUCUCAAAGGAAUCGUACAAGACCAUCAGGAAGUUGUAAAGUUGAAAAGCGAGCUUAGUAGACAAUGUGAUCUACUCAAACAAAGUUGGACGUCCGGAAGGGUAUGCAACCAAAACCAGCGCAGCUUGAAAAAUCGACGUGAGGAUUCUGACGACGGACGUGAUCAUACGACUAAUCAUAAGCGGCCCUCCUAUUACAGACGUCUUCUAUGA